UCACUCGUUUAGUCGUUUUUCGGUUUUUCGUUUUAGCGUCCGCUUCUGCUAGAAGAAGAAUAUAGUUUUGGGAGUUUAUUAUCAUUUUUAAGUUAAUCCAUACUCUCAAUAAAACAUGGUAGAAGUUAUGUACGACGGUGAAGAGCAAACAAAACAAACGGAGACUCCAGAAUCAGGUUCGACGGCAUUUAUUACGCUCGAAAUUUUAAAAGUGAUCAAGGAUGCUCAACAACAGCAUGGUCUUCGCCAUAGUGACUACCAGCGUUACAGGGGAUACUGUACACGGAAGAUCCGGAGACUAAGGAAAGUUUUGAAAAUCCCCCAGGGAGACAAAAGGCAUUUUAAACGGCGAGAUGUUACUGAGGAGAAGGUGAAGGAUGAAAGGUACCUGCUGAUCCCACUGAUGUUGUCUGAGCGAGCCUGGAGUCACGCCAUGCAGCUGCGUCAGGAGGCCAACACUGAGCCGAGGAAACGCUUCCACCUGGUUCAGAGACUUCGCAAGGCUACCAUCUACGCACUGCAGCUGCAGAAACUCUGCGAGUCUGAAAAGUGUGAUGCUCGCACAAAGCUUGAAGCUCAGGCCUAUGUUGCAUGGAUCCACGGUUCUCUCCACUUUGAACUGCAGAUGUGGAAACCAGCCAUGGAAAAUCUCAACAAAGCCAAAAUGGUUUAUGAAAAGCUGAUCUCUGCUCUGAGUGAGGAGGACCAACCUGUCUACAAGCAGCGAUGUGACGAGCUUGCGCCUAGUCUGCGUUACUGCGCUUACAACAUAGGUGAUGCAGCGGCCAUGGACGACCUACUGUCUCUGCGCUCUCAUGCACACGGCGAUCUGCUAGAUAACUUGGAUACUCUCAUGGCACAGACUAAGGAACGUAAGUCCGAGGCGCUGAGCGAGACUACAUGGCGCGGCCGCACAUUCCCUGUCAAGCCAGAGAGAGUCAGACUGUUCCUGCUGGCUGACAGAGCACUAGAUGCCAGUUUGACUGGUACAUCGUCUGCUACGGAGCGUAUUGAGCAGCUAGAGCGCCAUCUGAUGGAUUGCAAGGACGCUCUCGCAGCCGCCAAGGAAGAAGUCAAGAAUGAUCCGGCCAGCAAGAGUCGCAGUGGUGGACCAGUGACUCCGAUGCAACUGUUGGUCUCCUACCUGACUCAUAUUCGGGUACACAGGACCAUCCAGAGGACCAACCUCAUGGUGGAGGCUGCUAAGGCUGCACUUGCUGACAAGUCUGAGACGGAGGGACGCAAGACUAAGCCGCAGGACUUGACCAGACUGUACGAGAUCAUUCUGCAACAUUUGCUGGAACUGCAGCAGUUGCCCGGCCUGGAGGAGGACCAGGAGUACCAACGCGAGGUGGAGGCCAAGACACUGGCUUACAAAGCAUUCAGGUGUUUCUACAUUGCAGAGGUACUUGCUGGGUUGCGCCGCUGGAGGGAGGCUGGAGCUAUGUACCAACGGGCUGAGAGCUACGCUAGCAAGGCCCAGUCUCAGGUGCCAGAGAUGAAGGUGGCACUGACCCAGCUGAUAGAAGAAGUGGACGGAGCUCGCUACAGCAGUCUGGCCCACGCUGUGUUGGAGGAUGACUCUAGCGACACACCUUCACAGGCAGUCACCAGCAAGGCCAAGAAGAAGAUUCCGCUCAUUGACAGGCUGGACGAGUACCGUGAAGACCCUGCUUUGGCUACCAAGCAGCCCAAUGUGGUGAAGCUGCCUCCUGACAUGCAGCCUGUCCCAUGUAAACCUCUGUUCUUCGACUUGGCCCUCAACCUCAUCAAGUACCCAAACCUAGAGGACAAAGUAGACAAUGCUGGCAAGAAAGGAAACCCUGCUGGCCUCACUGGCUUUGUCAAGGGACUCUGGGGUUGGGGCAACAAGUAGGGUCCAAUGUUCUUCUUUCAUAUUGUGGCAAUGGAAUAGGAUUUUAAUGUUGAAAUACACUUUUUGUUUACUUUGAA